ACCUGACUCUCCAAAAGAGGGCGACAACACACGGUGACUGCUUGAACGAAAACGGGGGAAGCCUGGGCAAGAACCGGCAGGUCUUUCGUCGGAAACUCACAAUGCUACAUGAGCAAUGAUAAGAUUGGAUCCAAACGAAACGUGCCCACUUCCCGAAGAGCGAUAACUUCGCGGCCACGCCCUGUUUUCCACCGACCGGAGCCCUACAAAACUGCUGGCUGCGGCACAACGGUGCGCGGUUUGAAACCCAUCAGGGGCGGCUAGCGGCUUCACAGCGGAGAGGAAGCGAGGAUUGUCGGCUGCUUUGAGAACCAUGCGAGAGUAUAAAGUAGUGGUUCUCGGGUCCGGGGGUGUCGGCAAGUCAGCACUAACCGUCCAGUUCGUGACGGGAGCCUUCAUAGAGAAAUACGACCCGACGAUAGAGGAUUUCUACAGGAAGGAGAUCGAGGUGGACUCCUCUCCGUCCGUGCUGGAGAUCCUGGACACGGCGGGGACCGAGCAGUUCGCCUCCAUGCGAGACCUCUACAUCAGGAACGGCCAGGGCUUCAUCCUGGUUUACAGCCUGGUGAACCAGCAGAGCUUCCAGGACAUCAAACCGAUGAGGGACCAGAUCACGCGGGUGAAAAGGUACGAGAGGGUGCCGAUGAUCCUGGUCGGAAACAAAGUGGACCUGGACGUGGAGCGGGAGGUGUCGGCCGGCGAGGGCAAGGCGCUGGCGGAGGAGUGGAACUGCCCGUUCAUGGAGACCUCAGCCAAAAAUAAAACCUCGGUGGACGAAGUGUUCGCAGAAAUAGUCCGACAGAUGAACUAUGCCUCCACGGCAAAUGGCGACCGCGGGUGCUGCUCGGCUUGUGUCAUCCUCUAAGAGACACAGACAAUCCUAAAGUUUGAUUCUUUGCUCAGUUUUACGUUUGCAAUGUGCGUUGCAGCAAAUCUGUACCAUUGCGCUCUUCUCGGUGUCUCACCCUGGCCUUGGAGGAAAAUGAAGGGGAGGAAUGCUGCAGGGGGACUGGAUGAGGAGGAGGAGGGGAGCCACUGAGACAGAGGGAGGGGUCCACUCUUCAGGAAUUCUGCUCGGUUGGAGUAUCUCUGCUGCACCAUUGAUGUCAACACAAGAGCCAGAGUCUGAGGUUCAGCAGAACUCCUCCUCGCUGGCUCCAUCUGUUCUCCCAACUGGAACUAAACCCCACACGGAAAAAGAAAUGGAGAGAAAAACUCAUAAAUGGAUAUUUCUAUAUCAGAAGAAGACAGGGAAUAGAGUAUAUUUUGUUUAAGCCACUGCACAGGUUAACGUUUUUGGGCGUCCUGACCUAAUCUGGAGCGACGCCCCUCAACACUCCAUAAUCCCACCUUUUUCCAAAGUCAGAAGAAGUCUGGUGGGAAGGUGUCAAGUGCCACUCUUAUUUUUUUUAUUUUAUUUUCCUCUUUUUUUGUGCAAGGGGAUCCUAACUGAAGUGAUAUGGGGACACAAUUGCCCUUAUAUGUCGAGUGCCUUUCCAAAAGAGAAAUCAGCUAUUCAGAUUUAGUGCCAACUUUUAUGUGUCACUUGAAAAAAACAAGAAAACUUUCAACGCCAAUCAAUCCACACGCAUCAGCUCCUCUUCUGGGUCAUCUUAUAAAGAUCAAGGCCGACAAAAGACUAUCGUUUAUUUUUAUUUUUAUUUUUUUGCUAGUGGAACAGUGAUUUUUUUUUUCUAUGUUUUUAAGUCGGCCUUCUAGAAAAAGCUGCAAUGUCUGUCGGUCUGGCCAAAUCGAUAUCUUGAAAUGCACAGGUACUGGAAAACAAGACACAACAAUGAGCCUCCAGACCAGGAAAAUCAAAGGAAUUCUGUUUAUUCUCUUUAUUUUGUUGUUUUUAAUGGUAAAAAGAAAAAGUGAUGAUGUACUGUUGACAAAUCUAACCUGAUUGUAAAUUUAAUUUCAGACUGGUCUUUCAACUAUGGGGCUGGCUGUUUAAAAAAAAAA